CCCCCCCCUCCCCCCAACCCUCCAGUCCUCCCCUCUCCUCCGCCCUCCCCUCCGCGCGCUACUGCUUUCUCCACCAGCGCUGGACCGUACAUCGAACAUCGCACGCACAUUGCACAUCAUACGUACAUACAUGAGCGCAUCUGGCUGGGGAUAGCUUCCUAGCUGGCUGCCGCUCGCCUCGUUUCGUGCCUCGGGACGAUCUACAUGCAGCUACUGAUUUAGACAUCCCCACCUAGAUGUAGAGCCAGACCAACAGAGCGAGAUCCGUCUCGAAGCCAAGCAGGGGAAGCCGACAAGAGGGUGCGCCCCUCUGGUAGAGGCAACUGUCGCGAAUCGCGUACUCGUCGUCAUCUCUCGUAGCGGUGCUCGGCCUGGCGAUCCGGCGCUCGCUACCUAGCCAUUCGGCGACAUCGGAUCGUAUCGGCUAUAUAGACUACACCACGGCUGGAACUCACACUCACACCUCGCUGUCAUUCUGCGGCGUACAUUCCACACAAUAUCUCACCGAUGAUUGUCCGUAUUAGCCUCAUCCACCCCUACCUACAUAUCUGUAUACAUACCCGCAGCAUCGUGCUUUGAGUCCUGUUCGGCUGCGCACCAGACUGGGCAGGCACCUCAGGGAGGGGAAGGCAUCAUUGCUGCCACUUCACCACCGUAUUUGCUACUAUACUCAGAUAUAACCUUCCCUAUUCUCGCCCCCCCCCCUCCCCUAGGCUACGAGCAUGUCGACGCAACCAGCUCUCGAAGCGGAGCCGCGACAGCAGCUCGUCACGAAGACCCGUGAUCUGACCUUGGUCACGUCGCGUCAUACCACGCAGCCGUCGCCUCUGCCUUCUCUACCUGCACCUUCGCCGGCCGCCGAGAGUGGCGAUGCUACCCCGCGGCAGCUGGCCUCGAGAACGGCCGCCCCUAUUGAUGCCCAACCAACUCCCUUGGCUACGGGAUUUUCUGUUCCCGGCCGACUGGAAUUAAACGAUGUGAAGCUCAACGAUGAGAUUCCGCGGCCCGUGGCGGGCCAAUCUACUGAUGUUUGCUGCCCGUCACCAGAUAGCGUGGUCUUGCCUGUGGUGCUGUCACCAUCGCCCGAUGCGACGGCACCUGCUCGAGACCUAGACGGGGAGGGAGUAGCAGAUGUCAUAACGAGGGCAUCUACGCUGUUGCGGUGGGGGUGGGACUCGCUGUGCUUGGAUGGCUUGCCGAAUGAGAUCCUCACGCACAUUCUCACCUUCCUAGACGUGAGCGACCUGCUCUCUACUUCUAGGAUCAACCAUCACUUCAGGACCCUGUCACUCCAUCCCAUCCUCCACGCCCUACGGCUCCGACGUACCCGGCUCUGCCUCCCGCCACUCCUGACCUCGCCUUCGCGUCCCACGCUCGCGCAGUUAAUUGCGCGACACAUCGUCAUGACGCAUAGGUCACAGGUCUCGCGGCAGCUGGCACGAAACCUGGUGGCGAUCCGUCUGUCGCGGCGCCUGCCGUUGCGGCCGUCGGCGGAGUCGCUGGUGCAGCGCGGCGUGCUGCCACCCGAGGUCGUCGAGGGCAGCGUGGCGCCGGGCCUGGUGGCUAAGAGGCGCGCGGUCGAGAAGGAGAGGCUGAAGGACGGCCUCCGGCGUUGGAUCGGCGCGGUCUGGCGCGGCGAGGUAAGAGAGCGGAGCGAGGGCGUCCGGCAGUGGGAGGAACUUGCCGGCGUGGGGAGGGUUUGGCGGUUGCGGAAAUUCUGGGAGCGCGUGGGGAGGGGCGCGGGCGGCGGCGUAGACGUAUAGGGUGGAUGAGAGGAUGAUGUAGGUGGGUGCACUCCUUCUAGAUGAGGGAGAUGAGAUGUCGACACGAAGCUACGAUUGAAUAUCCGCGGUCUGUCAGACGGACGAGAACGGGUACCUCUGGUGCGCUUUACGAUGUCGCCCUGGGUAGGCCUGUUGGAUUAUGUUCUUUUCUUGUUCGCGUUGGAAAGGGCACGGAAAUUCUAUCCUCUCCUAUAUGUAUGUAUACCUGUAUAGUGGCGCCUCGGAUGAUGGUUUCUUGCACCCAGGCAUGUAACGAGUAGUUGGGGAAUGAAUGCACGACUAGUUUAGGCAUCGUUUUAUUAUACACCUAUACCAUAUGGA